AUGAAAUUAAUAAUAUUUAAUUUUAUACUUGGAACAAUAUUAAUAUUAAAAGCAUUAUUAAUAAAUGGACAAUUCCCAAGAUGGGAAGAGAGAACUCUGGAUUGUAGUAGCCGUGAAGGUGAUUGUAUUUUAAUAGCUCCAAAUGCUAAAGUAAAGAGAGAUCCUAAUCGUUAUAAAUGCCGGAGAGAGCCAAUGCCCCAAACAGAUUGGAAUUUAUUGGCGAGAAAUUCAAAAACUCGAAUUGCUUGCCCAAUUGGUUGUGAGCAAGAUGCAGAUCUUUCAGUAAUACAGAAAAAGCCUAUUGAUAACAAAAAUUGUCAAAAAUAUUACACUUAUGGGAAAUAUCGUGACCAAAAGGAAGGAGAAUGGUAUUUAUGGUUAACAGAACCUUGUGUAGCAAAGUUAGUUUUUAAAAUAUUUUCCAAAAAAUUUUUUCUUAGAUUAACAACCCAUUGUCGUUUUAAUGAUAUCCCUUAUCAUCAGAAUACUACAACAAAUAAUAUAGAUGCGGAAAGUGCUCUAAAAAUUGCAGAAAAGGAACAACGCCGCGGGAGAAAGUUGAAGAAAGUUGCUUGA